GGGAGGGCGGGAGCUCUGGGCUGAGGGAUUCGAUCCCGCCUGGCGGCAGUCAAGGCGGGGAAGCGGAUUAGGGAGGAGGGAAGACCGGAAGCCACGGCCCGGGCUCCCCCAUCCUUACUUUCGCGUCGUUUCCCUCCUCCUCCUCCUCCUCCCUCCUCGCCCCGGGGCUGGGAGAGAGCUUGCGAAGCUGGCGGAGGGAGAAGAAGCUGGAGGCCGGCUGGGAGAUAAAGGGAAGCGUCCGCUCAGCCCGCGCUCCCUCCUCAGCCACGGGCUCCUGGAGCGCGCGGCGGCGGCGGCGGCAGCGGAGGCGGCGGCGGCGGCAGGGGACGACGACGCCGGGGCCGCUCCGAGGCGCGCUGAGGCGGCGGGGACGGAUCGGCGACAUCUGAGGCCCGGCUCCCACGCCGCCGCCACCACCUCGGCCGCCGCCAUGUCCUCCUCCACCUCCUCGUCCUCCCCGAAGGAGGAGACGUACGAGGAGGAGGACCGGGAGUUCGAGAGCCAGGCCAAGCGCCUCAAGACCGAGGAAGGAGAGAUCGGCUACUCGGCGGAGGAGAGCGAGACUACUCGCCAGGAAGCGACGCCUCAGGCCGGGAGCGACAGCGACGGCGGCGGCGGCGGCGGUGGAGGCGGCGACGGCGGCGAAGGAGGCAGCGGCGGCGGCGGCGGCGACGAAGAAGACGAGGGCGACGAAGGCGACGGCGGAGAAGAAGAAGGUGACGGCGACGAAGGCGACGACGGCGAUGAAGGAGGGAGCGGCGGCGACGAAGGCGGCAGCGGCGGCGGCGGCGGCGGCGGCCCCCGGAGCGUGCCCCAGUCCAUGGAAGGAGGUGGAAGUCAUCAUAAAGUUUCUGUCUCCCCUGUUGUGCAUGUCCGAGGGCUCUGUGAGUCGGUGGUGGAAGCUGACCUUGUGGAGGCGCUGGAGAAAUUUGGGACAAUAUGCUACGUGAUGAUGAUGCCGUUUAAACGACAGGCUCUAGUGGAGUUUGAAAAUGUAGAUAGUGCCAAAGAGUGUGUGACAUUUGCUGCAGAUGAGCCUGUGUACAUUGCUGGCCAACAGGCUUUCUUCAACUAUUCUACAAGUAAAAGAAUCACUCGGCCAGGAAACACUGAUGAUCCCUCAGGGGGCAACAAAGUUCUCCUGCUCUCCAUUCAGAAUCCUCUUUAUCCAAUCACAGUGGAUGUUCUAUAUACAGUAUGCAACCCUGUUGGAAAAGUACAACGUAUUGUUAUAUUCAAGAGAAAUGGGAUACAAGCAAUGGUUGAGUUUGAGUCAGUCCUUUGUGCCCAAAAAGCUAAAGCAGCACUCAAUGGAGCUGAUAUAUAUGCCGGAUGUUGCACACUAAAAAUUGAAUAUGCAAGGCCAACUCGUCUAAAUGUGAUUAGGAAUGACAAUGACAGUUGGGACUACACUAAGCCUUAUUUGGGAAGACGAGAUAGAGGAAAGGGUCGCCAGAGACAAGCCAUUUUGGGAGAUCAUCCUUCUUCGUUUAGACAUGAUGGCUAUGGAUCUCAUGGUCCAUUGUUGCCUUUACCAAGUCGUUACAGAAUGGGCUCUAGAGAUACACCUGAACUUGUUGCUUAUCCAUUACCACAAGCUUCUUCCUCUUACAUGCAUGGAGGAAGUCCCUCUGGCUCCGUUGUAAUGGUUAGUGGAUUACACCAGCUCAAAAUGAAUUGUUCAAGAGUCUUCAACCUGUUCUGCCUGUAUGGAAAUAUCGAAAAGGUAAAAUUUAUGAAGACCAUUCCUGGCACAGCACUUGUAGAAAUGGGUGACGAGUAUGCUGUAGAAAGAGCUGUCACACACCUUAAUAAUGUCAAACUCUUUGGGAAAAGACUUAAUGUUUGUGUAUCUAAACAACAUUCAGUUGUUCCAAGUCAAAUAUUUGAGCUGGAGGAUGGUACAAGUAGCUACAAAGAUUUUGCAAUGAGUAAAAAUAAUCGCUUUACAAGUGCUGGCCAAGCAUCUAAGAAUAUAAUCCAGCCACCCUCCUGUGUGCUGCAUUAUUAUAAUGUUCCACUGUGUGUCACAGAGGAGACCUUCACAAAGUUGUGUAACGACCACGAGGUCCUUCCGUUCAUCAAAUACAAAGUGUUCGACGCCAAAGCUUCUGCUAAAACCCUGUCAGGGUUGUUGGAGUGGAAAUGCAAGACUGACGCCGUGGAAGCCCUCACUGCACUCAACCACUACCAGAUCCGAGUCCCAAAUGGUUCCAACCCCUAUACAUUGAAGCUUUGCUUUUCUACAUCAUCCCAUUUAUAAGAAGAGAAGAGCAUGUUAAAUUUACGUUCAUCUUUAUUACAGUUUUAAAGCUAUACUUCAUUAAAAAUAUUCUAAAAUGGUUGAUCUAAUGUUGCCUUGCUUACUAUAAGAUCCUGUUCUGUAAUAAACAUAUUUUGCCUCAAGUAAAUUUGUUGUUAACUUAAAUAUUGUUUUCAUCUUAAGAUAGAAUACCAUAAUGUAGACUGUCUACAGGUUCAUUGUAGAUUUUUACAAAGGUAUGAUUUCUAACAUUAUUACAAAAUUUGUUCCGUGGUAAAAUAUAUUUGCAUUCUUAGUGCUAAUUUGUUGCAAAUGUUUUCCCAUUGUGUUUGAGAUUAAUGCAGGUGAAAGUAUUGCGUUUUAAUACAGAAUUCCUACAAUAGAAGAUUGAAUGUUAUAGUUACUCAUUAAACAUAAUUUGUAUUUAUUAUUUUAAACAAAUUUGGGAAUGAUAUUGCAUUUGUUGACUUUCCAGAAGUACAGAUUUAGCUGAUUUCAAUUUCUAAAGGCUUCAUAGACAUGAGCACACUUGUACGGUAUGCAUUCAAACUCAAAUUGGUGUGUUUCUUUUCAAAAGUCAUCAUCCAUUUGUAUUGACAUGUUUCUGUUUUAGUUCCAUUUUGGAGGUUUUAUAAAGUUAUAAUAAUAAGUUAAUGUGUUCAUCUUCAUUAUUUUGCAUGUGACCCAGUCUUAAAAGUACAUGUAGUAUUUGACAUUGAUAUUUUAAUACUAUAGAAGUUAAAAUUAAUAAUAAUUCCUCUUCUAUAUAAUAAUUUGGGUCCCAUAGAUGGGUUUCAGAGAACUUGUUAGCCCUCCCAAAAUUGUGUGUAGAAUUUGGGAUAUUUGCAUUUUUAUUUCUUAAUCUUUGAUCCAUCAUAAUAUAUGUAUUUUUCUAUAUGGUGUAAGAUUUAAGAAUUUUAUUUUUGAUCAAACAGCUAUUUGUCUCAACACCAUUUAUUAAACAUUCUCCCUCUGGA